CAUACAGAUAGAGGAAUGCAUAAAUGACAUACCUUUCCAGCUGGUUCUGGAGUUAUACUUUUCAGAUACUGAUAUAGGACCAACUGAUGCCCAGGCUCUACAGUUUGCCUGUAGCAGAACACUGAAGUUACAUUUCGACCUCAAGAAAGGUCUCCAUCACCACGUACCAGUACUAUUUGACUAUUUCCACUUGUCAGCAGUCACUGCUACAAUUCAUGGAACAUUGUUAGCAAUACAUCAACCAUCAAUCAGUUUUUCCAAACCUGUCAAGUCAGGAUGGUUCCAGAAAUUAUCAACUUCCAACAGCGCCAGAAUGCCAUCGUCUAAUUUAGAAGCCAUAUUAUUUGGUUGUCCAAUCAGACAGCUACCUCAACCUAGCGGGAGUUCCAGAUAUGCCGUACCCAUAGAGAAAAUCAUUCAAGCCACACAAAUGCAUCGAUACAUCUGUAAUAUUUUACUGUCGGCGCAUGAAGGCAUUUACAAGAAUUAUAUUGAGAUGUUAACGUGCCUGCCUCGUUCUAUGAGGGUAUCUUUAGAUGAAAUAGAUUAUAAUGACAAAUUAGAUAGUAUAUGUAAUCACGUACAGAAUCUCACCUCUCUUGAUGAAGUUGUAGAAACAGUAAACAGAGACCUUGCAAAGCUCUCAGCUGAGAUGUGUAUUAUAUGGAAAAAAUAUUUAGAUGUAAUGGGAGAAAACCACUACGUUAUAAUAAAUCUUAUGGAGGAACACCACAGGACUAGGAUCCAGAGAUUUUCUGAAGCGUUUUUUACGAUUGACAACCCAAGAGAAAUGGCGAUGGCAUUUCAUGAGUUCAAUGCUCAAGGCCAUUCUUAUAUAGCCCAGGCCGUGAAAUCCAGCCAGUACUUCCAUUUACUCCCCUCUAUGCAGAUUGAAUGCGUUGAAAGUGAUGGAGAUAUAAAUACAAUACCGGUUAUUUUUGAAGAGAAAUACCUUCAGUCAGUGAGUUACAACCAAGUUUCUCCCGUUGACCUUGAUCAGAUAGCUGCCACGGUAAAGGAGGUAAAGGCGCAAUCUAAAAGUGGAAAGGAUGGUUCAGACAAUAAGAACAAACCAAAACUUCCAGAAUCUACAGCAGAUCCCUCGAAACUUCAGAAAACUCUAUCAGAGACUAGAUCGAAACCAAAAUUUGGGGGGAAAAGCUUUAUUAAAAAUAUGAAGCCGGAAUCAUUUCGGCGGCCAUCAUCCGCAAGAUCGGACACAGACCAGGUAGUAUUACUUGGAUAUAAACAAUACAAUAUGGAUGGUGGUACCCUCGCAGAAUUUGAAGCGGAUUUAGAGAGAGAUUCAACAAGACAUGCAUUUGUCAGGACUUCAGCUAGUUCUGUUUCUCUCCCAACACUAUUAAUAUCGGAUUUAUCUGCAAACAAACGCUUGUCACUGCAGGAACUAAAGCAACAACGACAUUUACAGAAUCAACAAUUGUACAAGAUUUCUCACUCAGAUGCGGAGAUUUCUCAUACCAAGGAAUCAGACAAUGAACAGAGUUUGGAUGUGUCCAAGAGUCUGGGUAAGAACCCAACUUUAUGUCAUUUACGGCAACGUUCGCUUGAUAUAGGAGUUUUAAGAACGGUCAGUGAAAGGAGGAAGGUACAGGAAGAAGUGAAUAACUUGAUAACAAAUGCUGAUUCAACUACCGCUGGUGACAGAAAAGCAAGCGGUGCUACGGAUAGUACUGAUUCAGCUGUCGACAUUCGUAGCAUUGAUGGGUCUACUCUUGAAGUCAAGGAUAUUGUGCCCUCUACAGGCAGUACAGUAAAUUUUGAAGUGAAGCCUGAAGAUGUAAAAGUCUCUGUGAAUGCAGUUACCAAGGAGACAAAAGAUGAUGAAGUAAAAAAUUCUCCUGCACUAAAUGACGAUUCAAAGAGGACUAGUGAGUGUUUACAGCUUGGUCCCAUUGUAGAUGGCGCUAACCAUGUUAACAGUUGUGUAAAAACUGUAGAAGGGGCUGUUCUCACUGAAAAAGUGAACGACCAAAUAAUUACUUCAUCAUCCUUAGCACAAAUUAUGGAAAACAGCAAUACUUCUUUAGUGGUUGGUGAUGUCACAAGUGAAUCCACCAAUAAUGGGUCUGUGAAUUCUACAAAAACUACCAUCAAAGUUUUUAAAUUGCCAAAAUUUGAAAAUAGCACCACUUUAGAUGACAAGAACGGUGCUUCCACUGGAGUGGAAACUACAAGUAUUGAUGAGAAAAAUAGUGUUUCUGAAUCUGGUACUGAAAAUGUCAACAAGAACAGUAUUUUCGAUUCAGGUACUGAAAAUGUCAACAUGCAUGGGGUUUCUGAAUCUGCUUCUGAAAAUGUCAGCAAGAAUAUUGUUUCUGAAUCUGGGAUGAAUAUUGCUGUCGAAAAUGAUCUCAGCCCUGCUACCAUAGAAACUGAAUCAGAACACAUAGACACCAUGAAAGCUUCCACUGUUUUAGACGAAAAUAGCCCAACAUCGAGAAAUUACUCUCUAAAAAGUGUGUAUCAUGAUGAUGGUUAUAGCGCUAUUGACGACAUUGCAUGGAAACAAUCCAGCGGAUAUAACUCAACCAAUAGUAUGAGUCCUGUUACACCAACAGCUGGCUGUCUAACAUUCACUAGUUUUGUAAAGACACAGUCGGCCAUAUGUGGACCACCUCCGAUUACAUCACAACCAUCAAGUGUCAUCAAUACCACUUCUGUCUGUGAGUCAGAAAACCAAGAGAUUAAAGUAAAUGCUAAAGAACAAGAAUUGUCAAGUAUUGUUGAUCCCCAAGAGAGAUUUGAAGCUGCUAAAGCUGAUUUUAAAAACCGACUCAAAUUUCCUGGUGACAUUUACAGUGAUUUGUCGCUACAAGCUGCCAUGUUGCCGUAUUUUAGCGUCAGCGCGAGUGAUAUAGAUAAUAAUGAUGACAUGGAGGAUCUGCAUUUGGUUGUCUGUGUACAUGGAUUAGAUGGUAACAUGGCAGAUUUGAGAUUAGUAAGAACGUAUAUUGAGCUUGGAUUACCUGGGGCGAAAAUGGAAUUCCUUAUGUCGGAAAGAAAUCAGAUGGACACAUUUGCUGACUUUUCUGUGAUGACAGAUCGACUUGUUGGUGAAAUUCUUUACUACAUAGAUGUCUACUCUCUAAAUCCUACCAGAAUAAGUUUUAUUGGUCACUCACUUGGCAAUAUUAUAAUACGUUCUGUGCUGACAAGACCAGAGAUGGAACCAUGGUUGGAUAAAUUACACACCUUUCUCUCGUUAUCAGGACCACACCUGGGAACUAUGUAUAAUAGCAGUGCAAUAGUCAACACAGGUAUGUGGUUCAUGCAGAAAUGGAAAAAGUCUGGGUCACUGUUACAGUUAGCGUUAAAGGAUCAUUCUGAUCCCAGGAAAACAUUUAUGUAUAAACUCAGUGAAAAACCAGGUUUUGAGCUUUUCAAGAAUGUUUUAUUAGUUGGGUCUUUGCAGGAUCGAUAUGUACCGUAUCAUUCAGCUAGAAUUGAGAUGUGUAAAAAUGCUAUGAAGGAUAACUCUACAUAUGGUGCCAUAUAUGGAGAGAUGAUCAACAAUAUCUUGAAGCCAGUGAUACGCAAUCAUGAUAUUACGUUUAUACGGUAUGAUGUCGUUCAUGCUUUACAAAACACUGCUAACACACUGAUUGGUAGAGCAGCUCAUAUUGCUGUUCUGGAUUCUGAGAUUUUCAUUGAGAAGUUUAUGACAGUUCGUGGCCUUGACUUUUUUAAGUAG